GGGGGGCGGGAAUGGGGCGCGUGGCGGGGGCUCGCCUGAUGACAUCACAGCCGGGCUGCGGCAGCGCGGGCGCGCGGACAUGGCUGCAGCGGCGGCGGCCGCGGGCUGCGCUCGGGCCUGAGCGCCCAGCGCCCUCCUGUGGGGCCGCCCGCCAGUCCGCGCCGUCCGAGAGUGCACCAGCCAGGGGCCUCGAAGCUCCCGGUCGCUUGGGGCCUCCGCCUGUCCAGCCUCCCUUGGCCUAAUUGCAGGGAGCCUGGCGUCAGGGGGCGCCAAGGAGCCAGGGGGAAAACCGUAAGGCGCGGAGGGAGCCUCCAGGCGGUGCUGCCCCCUACCCUCCCGUCUUCCCGCUCCCCGCCCCGAUGUUGGGGCUUUGGAAGAUGCUGCCGGGAAAAACAUUAACUUUUGGGCUACAUCUGGAAUAGCAUCAUCUACAUGGGCAUUCCCUCCUACAAUUUUAGAAAACCUCUGGUAACUACUUGAUACAAUGCAGACGACCUUCCAAACAGAUGAAGUUAGCAAUACCCACGCUCUUAGAAAAGGAAAGAGGAAAAGGACGGAGACAAUGGACUCAGAGAAUGCAAACAGUGACAUGGAUAAAGGACAGAGAGACCCAUACUCGGGAAAUGCCUUUCUGCCCGGUGAGAGCUCCAGUGAGGAUGACGAGCCUUUAGAAGAAUUAUCGAAGGAGGAAUUGUGCAUGAAAAUAAAAAGCCUGAAACAAAAACUGACAAACACCCGGAAAGAAAACAGCCGCCUUCGACAGUCUUUGGUGAUGCUUCAAGUGUUACCACAAGCAGUUACCCAGUUUGAAGAAUUGGUUGGUAUGGCAGAGGCCGUGCUUAAGGGUCGAGGAACCAUGUUUACAUCUGCAUCCACCCUCUGGAGAGCAACAAACAACUCCUCACCAGAUUCAUUUGCCUCCCUGUGCAGUAAUUCUAAUUCUAAUUCUAAUUCCAGUUCACCAAUUUCCUUGAAAGCUGAAGAAGAGCAUCACACUGAUGAGAAGCAGUUCAAGAUUGAAAAAUGGCAGAUUGCUCGUUGUAACAAGAGCAAACCUCAGAAGUUUAUUAAUGAUUUAAUGCAAGUACUUUACACAAAUGAAUACAUGGCCACACACAGCCUGACCGGUGCAAAAUCCUCUACUUCAAGGGAGAAAGCAGUAAAGCCAGCUAUGAAUCAGAACGAAGUUCAAGAAAUCAUAGGAGUCACAAAACAGUUAUUUCCCAACACGGAUGAUGUCUCAAUCAGAAGAAUGAUAGGGCAAAAGCUGAACAACUGUACCAAGAAGCCAAAUUUAAGCAAAAAUAUGAACUCUCAGGAUAUUAAGUAGGUCCUUGUGGUACUAUACAUAUCUGAAAUAAAGCACCUCCAGUUUUAAAUGUAACGUUGGAUUUUGUUGGAGAAUCUGCAACCUCCCUGGUGAGCACAGAGGGACAGGUGCAGGGACAGGCUGAGACCUCUGUGACAUCGAUGGACUCUCCUGAUGGAGCAACAAGCUUGCUGAAGAAGUUGCAUGUAGAUUCCACCCUAAAUAUCCACGAUGCAUCAAACUAGAGAAUUUCUAGCAGUUAAAUAAGCAUGCAUUAUGGUUUCUUGCCUUUUUCUGUCCCAAAAUCUUCUCUGUACAGCUAACUUAACAGGAUAGUCAGAGCUCUUAUCACAACAAAAAACGUCAACCCUUAAAAUUGGUCAUUGCCCUCACCAAUUGCUGUACAUUCUUACCAGUCACUCUCCAUGUUGGUUUUCGGAUCUUUAGCAUGAGCACGUGUGUGGGAAAGUACAGGGAAAUAAAUAAUCACUGUUCACAAGUAGGAGAGCAGCAGAGUCAGCCUAAAAUCUGAUAAGCCUAUCUCACCGAGUCAUAGUGUUUGAGCAAUAAAAUUACAAGAUAAGUCUGUUACUUAAAAUGUAUAGAAUAAAAAUUUUUUUAAAUGAGAGCAGCA